AUCCAAAAAACAACACUUUUAUUAUCCAUGUAUUCAUUUUCUUGAUGGAUUAGAAUUCUUCCAAAUUAAAUUAGUUUUCGUGCAAAACAAUUGGCAACAUCGUUGUAGUCGCCAUUAGCAAACGUCCAUCCGUUUCGUUUCGGACUUUCAGUAGAUUUUUUAAUAGUGCGGACAUUUUUUUAUAAAGCGCUUUAGUUAGGUAAAUCUUGGACACGUUGGACUCAGUGUAGUGUAACUGAUGUGAUUUAUUUUGUUAUUGUCGUGAUUAAAGACUUCCUAAGUGCUUUAUAUUCGUAAAAUCGCGGCCAAUGUCAGCAGGCGUGUCAGAUCAGCGGAUGAAAGGGCAAGGGAACCAAGUGACAAAUGCACAGAAAGAGCAACAUUUAGAGAGUGGCGGUGACGAGUUGGCGGAGGUGUCAUGGCGUCACCAGCAACAGCCGUCGUAUGCGCCACCAAUCUCGUCAGCAGCCGAUCACUACAGCGCGGCAGGUUAUUACGGUACAACAGCACUUCCUUAUCAAGCUUUUGGAGUCGGGGAUGGGACAUGGUCCACCAAUGGAACAGACCCGAUGACUUUCCUCGGAGGAUACAAUCCUCACGAUUCUUAUGGAAUGGAUGGUAGCGUAUUUGGCCCUUCGACAACACCAUUCUCUACGGCUGCGUUCGGACAGCCGGCAUCAACUUUUAAUUAUUUUCACGGCAACGGUGACUACUCCACGUGGGGUCAGCUAGGUCGCGCAAAACAAUAUGACGAUUAUUACAGAGCUGAUGGUUUGUAUGUGCCGGAUGGCGUCAAAGCGGUCGAGACGGGCGUGCAGGCGCUCUCGCUCGGGGACCACAAGCAGGACAAGGACCGCCCUCCGGAACUCAAAGACGUGUCCGGCGGAUCGCAACCCAAAAAGAUGACAUGGGCUUCCAUCGCCAGCCAACCGGCCAAGCCGGCGCCCUCCUCGCAGGGCGGCGUUAUCAAGAAGAAGGGCCCUGGCAUGCCUCCGCCGCCGAUAGUGCCCGGUAAGCACAAUAUGGAUAUUAGUACUUGGGACGCGGGCAAAACCGCGCCGGUGGUGACUGCACCGCCUCCACCGCCGCUGCAACCGCCCGUGCCGGCGCCGCUGCCUAUGGCUGCACCAGCGCCCGCACCCGCGCCACCACCGCCGACACCGUUGCAGCAGCAGCGGGGCCCGCCACCGCCGCACCAGCCUCCGCCUGCGUGGGCUCAUCCUCCUCGCGGCCCUCCUCCGCACCAGCCGAUGCCGCAGCACCAGCCACGUCCACCGCUACCUGCGCCGCCGGUCGCCGCUCAACCACCACCCCCGACCGCACCGCCCCAACCACAUCCCGUGCUGGAUGAACUCCGCAUCAAAAAUGAUUAUAAUCCAAAGGAGUUCGAUUUGAGUGCUCCGAUGGCACGAUUUUUUGUGAUCAAAUCCUAUUCGGAAGACGACAUCCACCGCAGCAUCAAGUAUGAGAUCUGGUGCAGCACCGAGCAUGGCAACAAACGGCUGGACGCGGCGUUCCGCGAGCGCGAGAGGGAGGGAGGCGCUGUGUUUUUGUUCUUUUCGGUAAACGGCAGUGGACAUUUUUGUGGCAUGGCUCGCAUGAUGAGUGCGGUCGAUUACAACUCCAACUCGAGUGUGUGGUCGCAGGACAAGUGGAAGGGACAAUUCCGCGUUAGGUGGAUCUACGUUAAAGAUGUUCCAAACGGGCAACUACGUCAUAUCAAAUUAGAGAAUAACGAAAACAAACCGGUGACGAACUCUCGCGACACCCAGGAGGUGCCGCACGCGAAAGGUUUGCAGGUACUGCGGAUCAUGCACUGCUACUGCCACUCCACCUCUAUAUUUGAUGACUUCAUCCAUUACGAAAGACGACAAGAGGAGGAGGAUUCCCGUAAAGUCCCGCAUCAUAAUAACCAUGAAAAUAAUCGUGACGAGCACGAGGGCGGUCGUGGUUACCGGAACUAUCGCGACCAUCGGGAUGGACGUGAUGGUCGCGAUCACCGCGACGGACGCGAGCCACGAGAGCCCCGGGAGCCGCGCGAUUCGCGUGAGCCGAGGGAUGCACGAGACCUGCGUGACCCGCGAGACCCGCGGGACCCGCGUGACCAGCGUGAUCCAAGGGACCCUCGCGACCAGCGUGACUCGCGCGACCCGCGUGAUCCGCGUGACUUCCGCGAGCCUCGCGACCAUCGCGACCACCGAGAUGACCGCGACCCUCGUGACAACAGGGAUCAUUCGUAUCGCGAUCGUGAUUAUAGAUCCCAGCAUAAGGAUCGGGACGGCUCACGUGGACGUGGACGUUCUCGUAACUGAUUGUAUUUGUUGUGUCAGAACAGUAUGAGGACUGACUUCUCCCCAUAGACAACUAGUAGUAGAGUAAUUAAUUGGUACCGCAUUACACAAGAUGUAUGCACAGUGACAUACAUGGAUGGGAUAAUGUAACAUUUUCAUCAUUACGUGACCGGUGAAUGUUGCGUUUCAACCUGAACAGUUACAAUGUAACAUACUAUAUUGUUUUAAACAGUGCAUCGCAAAAAAAAAACUUUCAACAAAUUAAAAUGUGCUAAAUAAUAUUUCGUACUGGAAGAACGUUUAAUUAAGCAAACGCCUAGUGAACAGAACAUUAUAUAAAUAAACACCGUGAUCAUCGUGCGUCAGUUCCGUGUCACACGGCGACGGGUAAAAUCGUAGACUUUGUUUCAAAUUUGUGGACUGAAUCGAUUAAUAAUAUAGUAAUUUUUAUAACUAGAAAAUUCUGUGGUGAGAGGAGUUGAUCCUUUUGAUUAGGGACCGGUAAAACUAAUUGAAAUGGCGAAACAAACAACAACGUGACCGCGCGCGACUGAGUGUAGUGUUUAAACGAUACCGCAUCAUCAGUGUCUUAUUAUUAUGUGGUGAUUUGUAACUUUUGUAUUACACAACAAUUGUAAGCGAACCAGCUGUGGACAUUUUGUAUACAUUUUUAAUAUCAUUAUAAAGGACUGUUAUGACGCAUUCUCUCGUGGCAUUGUGUUCGAUUUUACUCCAUUGCGUGAUGAAUUUAAUUUUUAUCAUACAUUGAUAUAUUCGGUGACAAACUACACGUAGUAGUUGUGUGGAGUAGAAUCAUAUUAUAAUUAUCUAAAUUGUGAUCUAUGGUGACUAAGGAGGAACCGAUAAAUGUAUUUGAUCUAAAAUUACUCAUGCAGGGCUAAUUAAGAUUGCUAUGGAUGUUAUCGGACAUGCUCAAGUACGUUGUACGAUCAGACGCAGUCGACGAUAAUUUUAAUUGCCUUUGCAAGAGCAUUAAAAGUUUAGCUACCUAGUACAUCAAUUGUUCCUUGUUAGUUCUUUUAACAUGUGUACAUAUUUGUAUUGUUUACAAAACAUUAUUUUUUCUACUUUUAAGUGCAAUUACAGUGUGACGAGAGAAAUUUGACAAUCAAUAGGAUUUUCCUUUAUAUAUUUUAUUUUGAGGCCUGACCAGAAACUAUGAAAUAUGCCAUAUAUUUUGUGAGAUAUAUUACUAUGGCUUUAUGUGCUACUUGUGUGUAUUUGGUUAAAGUUACAAAUAAAACAUCAGUUUUGUUAGUGUUAUGUAUAUUCACAACAUCUGAAAGUGUAAUUAUAUACUUAUUAUUGUAAAAAAUAGUUGUGAGUUUAAUUAAUACUUAACAUUAUUUUUAUGUAUUUACUUACAUAAAGUUUAUUUUUUUCUAAGACACAAAAUACACAAUAUGUUUUGAUCAUACAUUAAUAUAAUUAUAUAUAAUAACAAGUGAUAUACGAACAUAAAUUACGUCAGAAAUUUUGAUAUUAAGUAUAUUUAUUGUCUAGUUAGUUUAAUUGUCACCUAAAUUAUUUGUUGCCAUUUGUCAUUUGAUAUUUUCUUCUACAAGAUGAUCAGAACUAUAUAUGUUAUCUAUUAUAACUUUUAUCUGAUAAUAAUAAUUUCUAAAAUGGGAAAGUACAUGAAAAUAUCUAAUUCGAGUCACUGGUUGGUCCUCAAAUAAUUAUUUUAUUAUUAUGCAUGUAUCCCCACCUUUGUUUCAGUGCCUUUGUCCUCAUCGAACAUAAUAUUCGCCAAUCGGUUCAUGUUUUCCGUAGACGUAUAGUAUCUAUAGUGCCACAAAAUGAAUUUUUUCAAAGCCUAAAUAAUUUGUAGUUAAUAAUUUUGCUAAUGUAUUAGGUAUUUUUCUGUUUUAACCAAUUUUAGUUUUUAUCGUGAUUUAUUAAGAAGUUUAUUUUUCCUUUCCGUAAGCAGUGUUAUUUUGGAAAUUGUCGUAAUACAUACCUAAAAUUUCUUAUCUGAUAAAUGGAUUAAAGCCUGUCAUAGAAAUUG